AUGGAGGGGGGUAUUCCGGAAACGUUGAGCAAAGCGCUACCCCAGCCGCCGAUCCUGCGUUGCACUGAAGAUCUAGAGGCACUCCUUAGUACCAACAACGAAGCAUAUGUACUGCUGAAUGCCGCCGAACCCCGCGUCGAGACAGUCUCGGAACCACGUUCUGAGCAUGAAUCGGAAAUGGCACAGCGCUUGCACCGUGUAUUCACGCGCAAUCAUAAAGGUGAUGCGGUCGACAGGUUUGUGCAGGGUCUUGAUGAAUACCGCAAAAUGUACACGAGGGGAAAGUAUUACGGCAAGAGUAUAGCCAUAUUACAGUCCAGUGGCGCUGGUAAAUCAAGGCUAAUGCACGAACUUGCCAAGAAGGUGCCCUCUCUCACCGUAUGCUUGCGGGGGGAGAAGAAAUUCGAUCCCAGGGAGGGAUGGCCUCCCCAAGAUACGAGUGCAAAAGAGUUCCUACUGAAACGACGUCUGGGGAUUAGGGCCGAAGUGGUUGCAGCUGCAUUUUUAGGCGCGAUAUUCCAGUUUCUCACCCAGAAGUGCGUCUCCGAGGCGGAAACCCUUGCUCCUGGACAGGAUCCGACCUGGGUGACGUCUUUCUCGCUACAAAAUCCUGCAGAGCCACUGCAAUCAAAGCGGCACCACUCUUUUCUUAGGAUCAGUGAGCUCGCGGAGACCUUACUUGAAAUUCACGCUGAGGAGCUGUCCUCUAAGGCUCCCGACCUACCUUCCGCAACCAUCGAUUCCAACCAUAACGUCGACAAAACUUCGGCCGAUCACGCUGCUAAGACGACCAAAGACAAGCACAUCGUGUCGUGGUGCGAGGAAGUCUACGAAGUAAUGGUCUCCGGAGCAGCUAACAAGCUAGCUACAACUCUUAGGCAGCAUGGUCAUCGUUAUUUUGUCCUUGGCUUUGACGAGUGUCGAUAUCUAAAUGCUCGCAACGGCAAAUUAGACGCCGAUUAUCAUCCCAUGUCCAUUCUCGCCAUGCAAAGAAUCAUCACCGCGGCAGACCAACUCUCACUCGAGGGCUUCACUUUGUGGUUUACGUUCAUCGACACUAGUUCCUCAGUCUUCGAACUCGUUCCACGCAGGGGAAUGUCUAAGUCGGACAGGCUCGCUAAUGACAAAGAUCCUCUUAUCCCCUACACCUCCAUCGGCUUUGAUCAAAUGAUUCCCUCUGAUCUUUCUUCGUCACCGCAUGCAGCGCUUUAUAUCAGUAGACUUAAGUUGUACGGUCGCCCGCUCUGGGCCACGGAGGAAGACGAUACUGUCGGCCGACAGGCUUUUAUGAAGCUCUUCCGUGAUGUGCAAUUUGCGCCCGCCAGUGACGACCACGUCUUUGCAGCCUUUUCUCAACGUGUUGGUCUUGAACUCGCCAAUUCAGAGGCUGCAACCCGCAUCGCGCUGGAAGCCGUCCGAUCUCAUAUGAGAUUCCUCCUCAAUGUUGUCGAUCGCACUUUCAUCGAGACGACGGUUCCGUCAGAGCCUUGCCUUGCUCUGGCGGCUGCACAGGCGCUUCGUCCUACGUCGGAAGAUUUUGAUGUAGCGCUUCGAACGCUUGUUGACACCCUUAUCUUGCAGGAAACGGUCCUCGAUCGAGGUGUUCAAGGAGAGCUUUAUGCUCGGAUCCUUUUGAUCAUGGCGCGUGAUAAAGCAACAGACAAAGGUGGUCCGAUCGAGGAUUACUACGUCAACACGACAGCCGACGGAAUUCACGUCCAGACUAUCACCCUCGCUGAUCUUCUCAUUCAGCUUCACGGCGAUGGCCUUGAAAUGAAUCAACAGCAGGGACAAGGUCUUCAGAAACAACAAGCUCGGCAUAAAGAAGGCGCCUUGGACGGGGACAAUGAGGACGACGCGUCAGAGGAAGAUGAAAGCGAAGACGACCAACGUAAACUGUACCAAAAUCUUCUGGCAGCGGCGCAGGAGAGGCAUGUGAACUUCACGCACUUUAUCCACCUUGAAGAGAGCGUCGGGAACCUCUCGGGUGACUUCCUUCAUUACCUAUGGGACCGCCAAUGCGCUAUUCAGUGCUCGCAUAAUCAGCCAGUUAUCGAUAUCAUCAUCAUCACCUAUUCAGGCGCUCUCUCCCUAGCUUGGGAUGACAGUAAAGUGGGCACCUUCUGUAUCCAAGUGAAGCUGAAGGAGUCGGCUGUUUCACUGACCUUGGCUGACGAGCUUGUCGGCCCUCGCAUUAACGGGCGCAGACCUUGCGACGAGGUUGUCAUGUUGAUGGAAUUUGGAGUUGAGUCUGAAUUUCAAGGGAAAGCCAGGAAAUCGCGCUACCAGCAUGAGGUCGCGACGGUUCGUCCGAAAACUUGGAACGGUUACAUGGAUCAAGAGACUGAACCUCGUUGGUGUAUCCAUGUUCGAGGACACGGUCGUACCGAAUAUCCGAUCCUCAGCCGAUACGAACCAAUUUUCGACCGUGCUUUUGGGCAUCUGUCUCCAUGGCCGACUACCGGCUUCGCGGCCGUUGGGCAACCCUUCAGAGAGGCGCUGUCUACAGUCACUUUCACGAAACACAUGGAUGAUAAAAGCGAGGCUAUCAUCAUGGACUUGGACGCCCAUUCCAAAAACGAGGCGCGACGAAGGGUCAAGCCUAAGACCCAAAAGAGAGGGGGCCCCAAUUAA